GCUGCAGGCUGCCCUCCUCUCGGCUCUCGCUCACUAUUUACAACGGCAGCAUGCUGAAACGCCCUAGUCUGAUGCGAUCGGGUUUUGGCGGAAUCUCAGCGCAAUUAUUUCUCUUCAAAAAUUCAACUUCCCUCAGGCGGCUCUAUAAAUUAAUUUUCUUAUCUUUACUCGCUGUCUAAACUCAAUUCAAAAUUCAGGGUUAGGGUUCUGUGUCCGCGCAAGGCAAUUAUAAUGAAGGCUUCUCUCAAAUUCCGCGACGAACAAAAGCCGCUUUUCAGAGCCAAAGUUCCUCUCAACGUCCUGGGCUUGCCGUUCCAAUCCGGCAUAGUAGCUGGCGAGUCCAAGGAGCUCACUCUUAAUCUCAGCUCCUUCUUCGAAUCUGGUCCGGCCGUCAAGAUCGCCUACCGCCCCAAUGACUCGUUCAAUCCCUUUUCCCUCAUCGUCAAGACAGGGACAGGACCGUUCGGUUCGCCCUUCUCCAGUUCCAUGUUGAUGAGUGCCGAGUUCAAUUUGCUGGGUUGUGGAAACGGGAAUCCUGUCUUCAUGCUCCAUUUUAAACCUCGAUUCGGGGAUUUCUCUUUCAAGAAGUCGCAGUCUUCGAUUUUUGAUCCCAAAGUCUUCGGCUCACAGAAUGGCACCGCCUCGGAUGAUGAUGGGUCCGUUGAGUUGGUGGACUCGCCGGUGAUGAACUCGUUCUCCGGCAAGAAAAUUUCGAUGCUGGCUACUCGUCCUCCCUCUGCGGGUGCCAUUGCCAAUCUGUUCUCCGGUAUGGAAGUGGCAGCAAGGACAACACUUCCGGUUAAAGGACGAGCCGUGGUGAACUUCCGAUGGGGUGUUCGUGUUCCGGCGGAGCUGAAGUGUCGCGAUAAUGUGGCGGCUGGCAUAGCAUUUCAGAAGAUUCCGUUUUUGGUGAUGGAUAAGAUUGGGGUCGAGCACUUAGACGGCGGGGACUCCAAGGGGAAAGGCAGUAAAAGAGCGGGCCCAGAUUCGGCAUUGCCAGGGAAUGCUGACGUGGCAGAGGCGUGUCUUUCGGUGAAACGGCAAUUGGAGGUCUUGCAAGCUGAGAAUGGAUUACUGAGGAAUGCCGUGGAAGAUCUCCGGAGGGAAAUAUCCGGCGCCAGCUCCAUUGAAGGAUCAGAUUUCAGCAAGUACAGAGAAGUUGAGAGGAAUGGUAUGAAACCUUCCAAUGGCAAGAAUGAUCGACGUAAUAACGAAAGGAAAAGGUCCAAUUUCGACGGUUUUCCUCCAAAGUCGACGGAGGCUGAUGUGAGUGAAGAAUUAAAGAAAGCUCUGAAGGGUGCUUCUGGCACUUGAAUUCGUUGACAUGUUGAUCAGAGAUUUGCUUAGUAUGAUAGUUUUUAGUUUCAGAUCAGUUAUUAUAUUAUGUACUUUUCUGUCGUGCAGGUUUCCUUAGUUAUGUGAUAUAAACAAGGAAGCUUAUGGGUGUUCGAGCCUUCAUCCAAAACUCCAAAUGUAUAGUUUCAUAUUUAGCUUUAUAACACGCCAUCACAAAUAUAACCAGAAAUUUGAAUCCA